AUGCUGCUGGGAGAGACGGAACAGGGCAAUAUGGCCCACCAACUCCCAAAGGGGGAUUUCCUAGACAGUAAAGAAGAAGGGUAUAAGAAGACGAACCAGAUCAUGAACGAUAUUUUCCAACUAGAACUGAAAGACAUACUAAAAGAUGUUUCGAAUGAAAAAAAAAUAAACGACACGAUAGAUUUUGUAAAUAACCAAAUAAACACACUAAACAAUUUUAUCAAUGAGAUAGCUAAGGAGAAGUAUGAGUACUUUUACAAAUAUAUUGAGCAAAUGAACAAUGCGAGGAAAUUAAAAAAAUGGAGCUCCAACGAUUUAGAGGAUGUAGGGAGAGAAUAUAAAGCCAGUUACGAAUCAGUGAGGGAGAAGAAGAACAAAGUUCUAUCCUUAAUUAUCGAGAAAAGGUGUUUAAUCGAAAUUGAAAAAGUUUUAAAAUUAUACCAAGUUAUCCAUGUGGAGAUAAAAAAAGUGUGUGAUGAAAUAAAAGAGAGCAACAUUUGGGGGAUCCUUCAAGCGGAUGUGAUUGAUUUGGGUGUCUCAAAGAGAGAACCAUUCCAUGUACAUGGCUUGCGUCAAGGUACCUUCCACAGGAGUGGCGGGGAGGGGAAGUACCCCAGUCUCCUGACCAACUCCGACUUUAAUAACAUGGAGAAUUACUUAAAACGGAUAAGCAGUAUAAAACGGUUCAUUUCACAACAUGGUGUGCAAAAUAUAUCCAUCGUGGCGCUAAAGGUAAGAAGGAUGAAGGCAUAUGAGGAUGCCAUAAUAAGUGUGUUCGUGCAGUAUUUAUCUGCCAAUUUUUUUAAGGACGAAAAUUACGAGAGGAAAGUGAAGCAUUGUUUAAAUGCGUUUAAAAAUGUACAUGCCGAAAAAGAGUGUUUAAAAAAAGUAAUAAACAACAAAAUUGAGGAAGCCAAUACGCACAUUUUGAAAAUAAAAAAUGGGGGGGAAAACGGGAAAACAAAUUUAUACAAACUUCUGGAAAAUUGUAAAGAUGGCAUCGAUCAGAUGAACUACUUGAAUGAAAUUAUUAAGGAGAAUUACUACAUGGAGGAGGAAAUUCGAAUGGAAAAAUGGAAAAGGGAAAAAAAAACGAGUAAAAACGACAACAGUGAUUUUAAUACAUGGGAGGGCACACACAAAUGCAACACUGUACAUGUGUACACAGAAUUUUAUCUGCCAUACGUUAACUUACUAAUAAGAAGUAAAAUAAACCAACUGGUGAGGAAGGAAGACAUGCUAUUUGUUCUAAAUUUAGUAGGAGAAUUUGUAUACAUUGUCCAGAAGAAGAUUGAUAUGAAGGGACACGAAAAAAAAGAUAUCCUUUUAAAUUUAUUCAGCAAAGAAUACGAAGAAAUAACUUUCUCUUCCAUGAACAAACUUAUCAACCUAGUGGAAUAUUUAUUCCAGAAAGGAAACAUAAGAAGUGCCAUGGAGUACGAAAAUUAUUACAAUUUUCCUACAAUUUUUGAUAUUAAAAAUUAUGUACAGGCAUUUUUUAAAGAACUUUUUACGCACAUUUAUUAUCCACACAUUUUUCGAAAAAUCAUCGUUUCUUGUAACAAUUCUCUCCUUCUCCUGAGUAACAAUUUGAAUAACUUGAAGCAAAAUGUUAAUGUGCUUAUCGAAAUGGACAUGGAAAGUAAAUUUGUAAGGAUUGAUUAUGUUCCGAAGAAGCUGAAAUAUAAUUUGGAGCUUUAUCUUAUUAGCAGACAGCUUCUGCGAUAUUUAAUUUGUUCUUUGGCCAGAAUGAGGACGAAAAUUGUGCAGAUAAAAAUGGAUACUUACCGGCAGGGGGCCUUUCAAUAUGGGGGUGAAGCGUCCACUCACAUGAACCUUUUUGCCGACAGUUCGGUAGCGCUGGAAAAUGAUGACCCCCCAAAGAGUGACUCUCAAGGGAAGGAUUUCAUCAGCCUCCCCUUUGAAGAAUCAGUUGAGGAAUUUUUCAACUCACAAGAUCAUUUAAAUAAUUACUUUGGAGAUGCUGUGGUAUCCCCUCAUGAUGGCGUAAAUGAUGAUUUUAUGGAAUGGGAAAAUCAGGGAGAAAAAAAAGAAAAGACAAAAAAAAAAGAGGCACAAGUGAAUUUGUCGUUUGAAAGGAAGGACCAGAAGGAGGAAAGCGAUGUAUGUGGUAAAGCAAAUGAACCCAGUGGUUUUUGUCAAAAUGGGACCGAACAAACGAGAAAAUGGGUUGGAAAAAACGUGGGGAUGUUCCAAAUUAGCCUCUUUAGUGAUGCGAAAUUUAACUCUUUUCAUUUAAAUGAUUCAUAUAACAUUAGUGAUGAUGACGGGAAAUACGAAAUUACUCCCUUUUUCAUUAAGGAGAAAGAAAAUAGGAAAAAAAAUUAUUUCGAUUUAAUCGAAUUAGAAAAAGGAUUAUGUGAGUUGAAUAAUGUUGUUAAUUCGUGUAUUUACGAAUGCCUUGAGCCAUUUGAGAAGAAAUCUUUUUGGUACUUUAAAAAUAAUUGUAGCGCCCUGGGUACACCUGAUGUCUUUUCCCUCUUCGAUCAGUUAUGCGUUAAUUUUAACGAGAAAAUAGUUCAGUGUGUACCGACAUACGAGUGCACACACAUGAUAAAAAAACUGAUUAACAGAACGCUCAUUUAUUUAAUUGCUUUAUCAUGUUACUACUUAAUUAGCGGCAUGGAUAUGUAUCUAUUUAAGUAUUACGAAUCAUUGCAGAAAAUUGCCAAUGACGCAACGGAGGCUUCUCUACAUUUCGGUUACAAGUUGUGUACACUUUUUAAAAAGUCGAUUGAUAUGAAGGCCGGGCGGGAGGCGUACGAAGACGUGCCGACGUUUUUCCUACCAGUGACAUUCGUCAUUUUCCACGGGGGCCGGACCAUCGUGGACAGCUUGGGUAUCACGGAGGAUAAAUUUAUCAACAUUCUGAUCGACCACUUAAGGAAUCCUAUGCAGGGAAUGGAUGGGAAGGGUAGUAGCGGAAGCAGUCAGAACUUAAACUUCUUGGUUAACAAAUUUGCCCAAAGUGUGGUAAAAAAAAAUGAACAAUGUGGACGGAUAGCAAGUGGAGGGGAACGAUGUAGAAGUGAUAGACCCCACGUAUAA